AUGUUUAUGGGAGGUUUCCCUUCAGCCGUUAUUGCGGAGAGGAAAUGCGUGAUGAGAUCGGCCACUAUGCGGAACAGAUGCCGCUGGAAUGCCGUGAAGAUGUCUGCUGAAGUGUCUCUUUCGGUUGAACAGGUGCGCAAAAGGGGGCGGGGCGGGAGGUGUGGUGACGCUGACUACCUCGCCCCGACAGCUGUGAAGUUUAUACGCCAG